GUCACAGUGGCGGUAUAUUAGCGCGACUCGGCUGCUGGCGUGUUUGAGUGCAGAAUCGAGCGCAGGAGAGAAGCAGCAUGUAAAUCACACUGCUGAGUGGACAUAUGGUUCUUAUGAUGGAGAAGUGUUUGUGGUGUACCACAUCCCUCGAGGCGGAGGGUGACGCAGCCAUCGCCACGUUGUUGCAUCGCUACAGCUCCAUGCAGCUGACCGAGAGCGAGAUGGACUCUUUGAAUGAAGAUCUGAGCUGCUGUCUGGAGUGUGUGGUGGAGUAUCACAGAGCCAGAGACCAGGUCCCUGAACUGCACAAGCGUUUGUGGGAAAUUGAGAAGGCUCGACUCUUACGUGUGUUGGGGUCCAUGUUGGAUCAGGAGCUGGAGGAGGAGGAUGAUCUGUUCAUCAUUGAAGAUGAUUGUGAACAACCAGUGUCAAAAAUCUCACCUACAGAAUUCCAGAACCGUCUGCGCUUCCCACUAUUUGAAGUUCUGAAAUAUCCGUACCUACUCUGCUACCGUGAGCUGGGUGAUAUGGUGGUUAAGGCCUUAUGUACAUUGCAGGAUAUGAAACAGUCUUUGAAUGUGUUUGAGAAGUAUCAAGGAACAUAUCUGCUGCUUGUUCAUCCCAACGAAAAGGUGCGUCGUUGGGCAAUUGAUGCAGCGAAAACAAUGAGGAGUGUGGACAGAGAUGCAUACUAUGACCUUCAAGAAAUCUUCUCUUGCAUGUUUUAUGUCAUCGAUCUGGGAGUUUCUCUGGAUUUUCCAGAUUUGGAUCCAGGGUCUUAUGCAGGGGGCACUGUACCAAGACUUCCCUCUCACCUCUAUGACUCGCACAAUAAGAAGAACUACUGGCUAGGCAUCUGCAUGUUACUAACGCAGCUAAGCGCUGAGGCAAUGGACUCUUUGUUCGUGGGACAGUUCAAUAUUCCACUCUGCAUAAUCAACACAAUGGAAGGAUUGAAAAAGGAGGAUGACCCAGCUUCUGACCCAUUCUGGCCAGCUCUCCACUGUUUUAUGGUAAUUCUGGACCGGCUCGGUUCUAGGAUCUGGGGUCAGGUAGACCCUAACAUGGCUUUCCAGACCAUUACUGGAGCAGCCAGCUAUGUUGCGGAAAUGAGAAUCAUUCAACAAAAAACCAUGGGGAGAAUGGUUAAAGUAGAGCCAGAGUAUGAUGACCAUGUGACUUGCAGUCAGAUGGUGUAUGACUGUUAUGCCUUGGAAAAGCCAAGCCAAGCGUCUGGCUUGUCGUCCAGCAGUGGUAUUUGCAACUAUGUGGUCUAUGAGGAUAUGCAGUCCCUGGUCCGUGUGCUUGAUUCUGAGAUGGGCCAGAGUAUGCGUGUAUAUGGCAGCACUUUCCUGUGGUUCAUUCCAUUUGUCCGUUCCAUAAUGGAACUUCCAGAGCUGAAUGCCUCCUAUAUUAGUGAGGUUCUUCACUACCUUUGUGAUAAGAUACGGGAUAAUCGACACAUGCAAAUUGGACCGGCAAAUGUAUAUGACAAAGUGACAGAGUUUUUCACCCGCAUCCUUAUUGAAAUAAUUGAGUUGCACGUUAGUAAAGGACGUAUGGGAAUACUCUCUCGUUGUGCUCCCAAGUGGGUGGAAGUGAUCGUCAUGAGUACGGUCCUAUCAGAUGAACCAUGGAAUGUUGUACCUCAAGACAGGAAGGUUGGGAUUCACAGAGUCAGUUCAACCUCAAGUUCUCUUGCCGUGGUUGGGCAACUACCUGCAUCUGGAAGUGGCAUUGGUGCCAUAAUUCUAGGCUGCAUGAUGCUAAUUCGACAACUGCUGAAGGAACGGAUUCGGACGGGAUCUGACCCAUGCUCUACCCGUUUUCUGAAUUUACUUAACACGCAGCUGCGUGGAGUUCCAAAUAAACGAUGGAGUCUAACAUCAUCUGAAUCUUCUGAGCUUCAACAGUGUUUAAUAAGAGUGGUCCGGUCAAUGCCAGAACGAUCUGCUUCUCCACCCUCUACAGUUCCUGUCCCAUCUACACAUUUAGUGCCUCCAAAUGCUGUUAUUUCCAAUAAUUCAGUGCCGACCCUACAUCCGCAACAUGUAGACCAGAAGGUAGGUCCAAGCAGAGCAGGAAAUUCGUCUACUUUUAUCAAAGAGGAGCCAAUUGAGGAUUAUGAAAACUGCAUUUCUAAUGAGGAUUACUUGAGUGGUCUUCCAGACAUGAUAAAAGCUAAAAAGGAACCUCCCAACCCAGUGCUGAUUUCAGAGAUAAGUCCUGGUGUAGGGUUUGUGCAAAUUAAACCAGACUUGGAAAAACUGCAGGAAAUUCGAACCAGAUUAAAUGAUAGCCAGAAUUUGUCUAAGAUUGAAGCCAUUGCCAAAAGAAAGCUUUGUGAGCCAGAGGUUAGACAAUGCAGAGUUAACAGUGGCCAGGAAGAUCCAGGGCACUUGUCCGUGAGUUCUUGUCCUGUAAAUUUGCAACCAGUGACCUCCACUAAGGAGGAAUGUCAGUUUAGAGCUGAGGUGGACCAUGAUAAUGAUGUUAAUGACGAUGAACCUCUUGAUAUCACAUGGAAACGCUUGAAAAAAUCCCACAAGCUUGAAUCUAGUGAUUCAGAAGUUUAUGGUAUUGAUAUACAAUCAAAUACCAGAACUGCGGGAACCUCAGAGGAAAACUUGGAGUCCAGUACAAUCAUCAUCUCUGAUGAUGAUGAUGACAAUGAAGUUUCUGAAAAAGAUGAAAGGCCAACAAAGGAGAUCAUGGGGUCUCUUGACAAAUUAUGUCCAUUAAAGAAUAGACCUCUAGAAGAUCCAGUCUUGCCCGAGAGUCCAGUGCGAGUCUAUGAUGAUCUCAGUGAGUCACAGUUAUUUGAGUUUGAGACCCAGCAAUAUGUGGCAUCCUCCUGGGAUGAUUCGAAUGUUGACACAACGGUUUUGACGAAGCACAAAUUAGACCAAACACUCAAACAACGGCUGGAGCCUGCUCCUAAUGACUCCUCUCCCUCGUGGAGUACAGAGACUGAACUAAUUCCAGAUGAGGACAUUGAGAGGGCCUGUCAGCAAUCGGAAGAUGAGAUCAGACAACAGCUGGAACCACAAGAGCCAGCUGUUUCAAGUGCAUUGUCAUCAUCCAAAUUAGCCAGUACUGCAGAGUGCUUGGAUAAAUUCACGAAACCAAAACUUCCACCAGACACAAGCCAAAAAACGAAUCCGUCUGAUAAGAGAGCCCUGUUGAAGGCUAAAAAGCCAUUAAUAAUUGAGACCCUUGCUCAGAAAAUAAGGCACAAACCCCAGAAACGCAGCUCUUUAUCGCGGUAUGAAGAGGAUCAUUCAAGUUGGACCAAUCCAACUUCAUCUGGUCUGCCAUCACACUCUCCAUCCUCCAGCUUCAUUUCUUCUCCUUACUUUUCUGCCUCAACAUCACGUGACAAACCUGCCGUUAUUCCACCAAAGAAGGUUCGUAAAGCUGCUGAGCCAAAAUCAACAGCGGAGCGUUUGGGAUUAAAAAAGAAGGAAAGAAAAGCUUUCGAUCUUUCUCAACGUUCCCUGAAUUGUGUUGCUAAACUUCGGUGCCAUGGCCAGAAAGUGCAAGUGGAGCCACAACAGAAGAGACGACGAGCGUGUCACACCACUAAGACCUCUCCGCAGAAACGUAUAGUAAAGGGCAACAAGAAACUUUUGGCGUCUCAAGAAAUGCAGUUUUUCAGGCAAAUUCGUGAGAAACAUCAGAGGCCAGCAACAGUAUCCCCCACAACACUGGCUCCCAAACCAACAAGGAGCACCCAACCUGGUGAAAUGCACCAAACCGAAGAGGGUUGUGAUUUCUUCCCCUAUCCUCAGCCAGAUCCUUACCAUCAGGAAGACAAUGAAAAGGCUGCAACCAAAAUUAAAACCAACUACACUGGUGAAACCAGUAAGGCUAGAGGUGAAGGGGUUGGAAAUGGUAGUAUAGAGUCCAAAUGCUUUCAAAACGAUGAGAUUACUGAUGUCGCGGUCAACACUGAAAGUGAAAAAGAUGCAAAAGAGGAGGUUGAUGAUGAACGUAUGUUCCUCACUCAGAUGGACCCUACAGACAUGGAACUAUGCUCCCAAAUGGAACAAUUUGAUAAAGAAAAUGAAGAAGAAUUGUUUCUUACCCAGAGAGAUCCUGUUGACAUGGACCUUGAUCCAGUUAGCGAGUCAGAGCAGCCAAUUUUGUUGGCACAUAAACCUCUGCAGAUUACUCACACCACACUUUCGGAAGCCAUACGUAAUGACGAUCAUUUGUUCUUGAAGCCUGGCAUGUCACCCAUGUCUCAGAAAAAGGCCAAACCUUCCACCACAAAAAUAUACACCCCCAGUUCCCGCAAUGCUUCACUUGUCCUGGAAAUGGAAAAACAGGCAAAACCACCUCCUGCAUCUAAAGUUGCUAAAGCUAAGGGUGCCCGACUGCCUUCAGCAAUGGCACCCCUAAAAACAAUUCCUACUUUGCCUUUUCCACAAUUGCCACAGCCACUUCUUUCAAAACAAAGUCUGCGGCCUCUGAGCCAUGCCCCUAAAUCAGCAGUUAGUUCUAAAAUGAGCCUUGCCUCUGCACCACCAUCUUACAAAAUAUACCAAAGACCUGAAGCUCCAGUUCACAAACCAGUGCCCAUGACGGAUCAAAGCCCGCAAUUUGACCCUUCAGUCUUGACCCAAGCAAUACUUAAGUGGGAAUAUAGGAUGCUGGCUAACUACAAAACAUUUGGGAGUCCAGAUGACCUGUGUCAACUGCCACUGAAGGAAGUGCCAGAAAAAUUCCGGAGCUACCUGGAGUACUUCAAUACCAUGUACCCCCUGCUGCUAAUUAACGUUUUUGAAGAGAUAGCCAGUGAAUGGCUCAAAGAGGGGAGAGUCAAACUAUAUCUCAAAGUCCAGGGUAUUGAAUACAGCAAUCGCACAGCUAGUGCCAGCUUUAUAGCGGGUCUUCCUCCGGAGAGUGAAAAAAAACAACAGUAUCCCAAAGAAGAUGACCUUGUGCUGCUUUGGCUGCCGGAGAACACUGGGGCAUAUGCACACGAUGAACCCGAAUUUCACGAACCACAACCUCAUUUUGGAUACGUAUCCCGGUCCAUUGUUUCCAACAGAGAUCCAGGUUCUACCUCAACCCUAAACCUGACGAUCCAGACUCGUGGUAACGUAUCUUCGGUGAAUUCCCAGCCUGUGCUCUGCGAAGUAAUUGGAUCUUUGAUCAGCACAUUCCGGGAGUUCCGUGCACUGUGUUUGCUGCGAAUUGGACCAAUGUUGCGUCCUGUUCUUGCUCCACAUGUGGCAUAUUUCACUGACACUAGGGAAAGCCCAUCUAACCUGGAUAUACCAGAGUACAACGAUGUCCAGGCCAGGGCAAUAGCAUGUGGUCUUGCCAUGAUAAAGAGACCACAGAAGACGCCAAAGUUUCUCCUCAUUCAUGGUCCUCCAGGAACUGGGAAGAGUAAAACCAUUGGAGGCCUGCUGUUUAAACUACUGUCUUCGGGUGGCAAUGCUGUUGCUCCAGUGGGGAACCUUCCCGCCAAGGCUCGGAGAACACGUGUUCUGCUCUGUGCUCCCUCUAAUGCUGCCAUCGACAGUCUGAUGAAGAAAGUCAUUGUGAUCUUUAAAGAUAAAUGCUGUGACCUCAACAAUCCGCAAGGUAACUGUGGUGACAUAAACCUGGUAAGGUUAGGAAAUGAAAGAACCAUCUCAGGAUCUCUGAAACCCUUCAGCCUUGACCACCAGACUAAAGCGAGAGCACAGCGAGCCCAGCAGACUGGAGAAGCUGAUGUACAAAGGCAGAAGGAGCAACUGGACCAGAGAAUUGAAAAUCUCUCCCAGCGCUGUGCAAAUGCCAAGAAAGAUUCGGCUGAUUUCAAGAAAUUUACAGAGACUAAGUCGCAGCUUCUAAAGGAAAGAGAAAGACUGAGUCGGCAGAUUAAAGAGUGUCGUGGUAGGAGACAGGAAACUCAGGCACUGGUGCUGCAGAAUGCUCAUGUGAUCUGCUGCACGCUCAGCACCAGCGGAAGUAUCGUUCUCGAAAACGCGUUCCGUCGACUUGGACAUGAACCCUUCAGCUGUGUCAUCAUCGACGAGGCUAGUCAGGCAAAAGAAGUGGAGACGCUGAUCCCAAUGUUAUACCGAUGUCCUGCCGUAAUCCUUGUUGGUGAUCACAAUCAGCUUCCCCCAACGGUGGUGUCCCAGAAAGCAAAGGAGUUGGGCUAUGAUCAGUCACUUAUGGCAAGGUUAUGUAAAAACCUUCAUCCAUCAAUCCCGCAACACUCCCCCAUCCUCUUCCUCAGCGUGCAGUACCGCAUGCACCCUGAUAUCUGUGAAUUCCCCUCCAAGUACAUCUACAACAAUGCGCUUAAGAAUGACCGUGAGACCGCUCAGAAGCGAUGUUCCUUCAGCUGGCCCUUCAAGCCCUACAGAGUGUUCGAUGUGACGGAUGGACAAGAGAAUAAGGCGAGAGAUUCAUUUAUAAACCCCAAAGAGGUGACGCUAGUAAUGCUUCUGUUGAAACUGAUUGGCGAGAAGCAGUCGGUGCGGGUGGGUGUCAUCACACCUUACAGUGCCCAGAAACAUCGGAUACUGGAUGCCAUCAGGGAGUGUGGCAUUGAAAAAAACAAGCACCUUCAGGUGGAAGUGGAUACAGUCGAUGGCUUUCAGGGCAGAGAAAUGGACUGCAUCAUUGUGUCUUGUGUGAGGGCGAGCAGUGAAAUGGGUUCCAUCGGGUUUGUCGGAAAUCGCCAGAGGAUGAAUGUGACCAUUACGAGAGCCAAAUUUAGUCUGUUCAUACUGGGACAUCUACGCACACUCAAGGAACAGAGUGACUGGGGAGCGUUGAUCGAGGACGCCAAGAGACGUGGAAAUAUAAUCAAGACCGCGGAGAGAGAUUUCCGAAACGACGCAAGAAAGAUUCUUAAACCAGAUCAACCGACCUGCAGUCUCUCUCAUCCACCUAUUGGCAAACCGAGCACUUUGACAUCGCCUGUCAGGCAUGCUUCCAUGGAAACAGGUCCCGCCCCUGCGUCACGUAACCGCUGCAAUGUUGACUACCAUCCGAGUGGCUCUUCCACCUUGGGUAGCGGUCAAUCAAGGCCGCAGAUGCCGCGGCUAAUACCAUUGGACUGCCCUAAAGACCCACGCAUGACCGAAAGGCCCACAGACCCCCGCUUUGCAGAGCGCCGACCAAUCGGAGAACAGAGGCCGGACAGGGAGAGGCGGGGCUUAGUGGCACACCAUCCGACACACAGAGCCACUUUGCAUGAUAGGGACUCUCGUAAUACCGCCCACUCUUCCCGACACCCUUCAAAAAUCCACAGGAGAUAAUCGAAUUAUCCUUGUUUUUAUUUGUCAUUAAACUUUCACAGAAGUGCAUUAAGAGAGAUUUUCUUCCUCAUGUCCUCCUCAAAAUCUUUUGAAAGUUCUCCAUGUGCUAAGCGGCCCUAUUAAAAGUGUCUUCCUCAGGAAAUGGUUUAAUAAUUGGCGACGUGAUCUAGUUUCAUGACUAUGCUUUCCUUUUGUGAUCUUGGAAACGUCUUCCUUAAAUUUGCUGCUA